AUGGCUGUUUGGGAACUUGCGUUGCCGACUCCUUUGCAUAUAUGCCACGCCUUCCAAAGUACUUGGGCUGCCUGGAACUCGAGCAACGCACGACGUCACACUGCCUCCCCUCCGCUGGCUGCUCCCUUGCCGCCUGCCUUCGCCGACCGCUCACAUGCAGUACCUGUGGAUGCGGUAGUCUGCAACACUGAUGCCGGCUUCUAUGGUUCAGAUUACUCGCCAACUUAUGGCUUCUACGUGCGCAGCAUGGAAGGCGCUUUUGUUGCAGCGACCAAUGGUCCUCUUUUAUGUCCGUAUGACCCUCUCCUAGCUGAAGCCAUGGCGAUACGAGAGGCCCUAUCGUGGCUACAAGAACACAACUAUCACAAUGUUGAGAUUUUUUCGGAUUAUGCGGUCCUUGUUUCUAGUUUUCGGGAUGCCAGUUCUUUUCGUUUGUAUCUUGGUGUUGUCUUAGAUUCGUGUUUACGUUUAAUUCGUUCUUUCGCUUCUUGUUCUAUUAAGUUUGUACGCAGAGACACCAACUCGGUAGCUCAUGCCUUAGCUAAACAUGUAAGUGUGGUCGAAGCACGAACGGUCUGGAGGGAUACUCUACCCUCUUUUAUUGUUACUACCAUGAAUUAA